UGCCCGGUCCCCAGAAGCGUUACUCCCCACGAUUCUCAAAUGUUUGGGACUGUAACCACCUCGGGUCAUGCUUUGUUCUGGCAACCGCAUGAUCUGACUGCCUCUCUCUAUAUGUCUUUGUGAACCUGACAUUCUAUAAACCCUCUCUGUUGCUAUCCCUUCGUCUUACGCUAUCACCACCUGCUCCAUCUCCGACCCCUGUUUCCUGAAAGAUUGCCUGCCUGCGCCACAUUGCCGAACAUGGUAUUCAACACUGAACUCACACGCCAACUCGGCAUCAAAGUGCCGGUCAUCCAAGGUGGAAUGCAAUGGGUGGGAUACGCUGAACUCGCGUCAGCCGUAUCCAAUGCUGGCGGUCUGGGUAUCCUCACAGCUCUCACACAACCGACUCCCGAAGAUCUGCGCAAGGAGAUCCGAAAAUGCAGAACCAUGACCAAGAACCCCUUCGGAGUCAACAUCACCCUCCUCCCUACAAUGAACGCUCCUCCCUAUGGCGAGUAUGCGCAAGUCUGCAUAGACGAAGGAAUCAAAGUGGUAGAAACAGCAGGCAACUCUCCCGGCCCUGUCAUCAAGUUGCUCAAAAGCGCCGGGAUCAUCAUCCUACACAAGUGUACCACAAUCAGACACGCCCAGUCAGCAGUCAAGCUAGGCGUCGACUUUUUGUCCAUUGACGGAUUCGAAUGCGCCGGCCACGUCGGCGAGUCAGAUAUCACAAAUUUCAUCCUCCUGUCGAGGGCCAGACAAUCGCUGAAGGUCCCAUUCAUCGCUUCCGGUGGUUUCGCCGAUGGCCAGGGCAUGGCUGCUGCGUUGGCUUUGGGAGCAGAAGGCAUCAACAUGGGCACACGCUUCAUGUGCACGGCCGAAGCACCGAUCCACCAAAACAUCAAGAAGACCAUCGUCGAUGCCUCGGAACAUGACACGGAACUUGUCCUGAGACGUUGGAAGAACACUUCGAGGUUGUACAAGAACAAGGUCGUAGAAGAAGCCGUCAAGAUCGAAAAGAGCAGUCAAAGCGGCAAAUUCGAGGAAGUAGCUCCAUACGUGUCGGGCAAGCGUGGUCGUGAAGUCUUCAUUAACGGGGACAAGGACUUUGGCGUGUGGACGGCCGGUCAAGUCAUCGGUCUGAUCUAUGACAUCCCCACAUGUGAACAGCUGAUGAGGAGGAUUGAGAACGAGGCCAUCGAGGCCAUUGAGCGGAGUCGCAAGUAUUAUCAACCUCAAAGUAAGCUGUAGACAGUGGAGUGGGAAUGGCGUUGGAGGAGAUAUCCAGAGAUUUAGACCUGAUCAAAUACAAUCUGAGAUCUGAAGGAAAAUGAUUGAAGUUUAUUGCGAUGACAAUUUCCCAGGUAUCUGUAAG